AUGAUUGUACAUAACAUUAAGGAAGGAGAAUAUGUAGAAGAUAAAGAAAUAUUGGAAAAAUUAAAAGAAAUAGAAAAGAUGGAUGAUUUGUAUAACAAAUAUUUGCAAAAAGUAAAAUAUUGUACAGAAGAUUACAAAGCAUGGAGUUAUUUAAAACAAAAAUUAAAUAUUGAUAAUAAAGAUGAACAAUUGAAAUGUACGGUAUCUUCUAUAGGAUUUAAUCCAAAAUCAUAUGAGUCAUGGUUCCAUAGGUUAUAUAUUUUAAAGAAAUUUAGAUAUAAAAUAGAAGAAAAAGAUUUACUUAAUAUAUUAAUUAAAGCAGAUAAAAGAAAUUUACAUUGCUGGAAUUAUAUUAAUAAUCUAUAUGGUGAUUUUACAUUUAUUCCUAAGGAUGUUACAAAUUAUACUUAUCUUCAUUAUGCAAAUGGGUUUGAUCCCAUUUCAUGUAUUUUUACAGAUUGUUAUGACCAAGGAAUGUGGUUUUACUAUUUUACGUGUCAAGAAAAAGAUUUAUUAAAAGAUGAAUUUUAUGUGAGAUGUUAUAAAAAUGAGAUGGCAAUAAUUUUUAAAAAUUUUUUUCAAGGUGUUAUUAAUGACACUGUAAUCAACAUCCCUGUCAAAUAUAUCAAUAUAAGUGUAAGUGACGAAGUUAAUAUUAAUGGCAUAAAUUAUAAGUUAGAGUUGUAUAGCAAACAUACGGAUAAUUUUAAUGAUAUAAAAGAUAUUGAUAAAGAUUGUAUAUUUAAUUAUAUUUUUAAUUUAGAUGUUAAAUGGAAAUAUAAUAUUACAGAUAAUGUCUGGUCAAAUUAUCUAAAUAAUGUUGAAGAUGAUAAAUAUAAAAUUUAUGUUAUAAAGAAGUAA